GCUUCCCUUGAAACGUAGUUAGUGGUCACGUGACUUUAAAGAUGGCAGCUCCCUGUAUCAGAGGGGUGUGAGCGGGUGUCAAUUUCUUUGGUUUGUACAACACUGAAUGACAGUCAAGAAGCAAGAAGCCGUGUAGCAAGGACAGUUUUGUUAGGACAAUUGAACAUUAACACUAUCAUGGAAAAGGGCGAUCUGAUACUUCCCGAAGACUUCCCGGCGUUGAAGAAUGAUGCGUUCCUCUGCGCCUGCCGAGGUCAGGAGACACCUCAUGUGCCUGUUUGGUGUAUGAGACAGGCUGGACGCUAUCUACCAGAGUUCCGUGAGUCCAGAGCGGGAAAGGACUUCUUUGAAACGUGUCGGUCACCUGAAGCCUGCUGCGAACUCACUCUGCAGCCAUUACGGCGUUUCCCGUUUGACGCUGCCAUUAUUUUCUCCGACAUCCUGGUUAUCCCACAAGCCAUGGGCAUGGAUGUCCAGAUGGUGGCAGGAAAGGGCCCUACCUUCCCAGAGCCUCUGAAGGAGCCAGAGGACCUGCUGCUCCUAAAGCCCAAGGUGGACGUCAACAAGGAGCUGGGCUAUGUCUUCAAGGCCAUCACACUGACACGCCACAGAAUAGAGGGCAAGGUCCCUCUCAUCGGCUUCACCGGUGCCCCGUGGACGCUGAUGUCUUAUAUGAUUGAGGGGGGAGGCUCCACGACCCACUCCAAGGCCAAGCGCUGGCUGUACCGCCACCCGGAGGCCAGUCAUCAGCUGCUGAGGAUGCUGACGGACGUCAUCGUGGACUACCUGCUGGGACAGGUGGCGGCUGGGGCGCAGGCGUUGCAGGUGUUUGAAUCCCAUGCAGGCUGCCUGGGCCCAGUGGAGUUCAAGGAGUUCUCCCUGCCUUACCUCAGAGACAUCGCUCGUAAGGUCAAGGACCAACUGAAGGAGUCAGGCCAGGACGUGCCUAUGAUUGUGUUUGCCAAGGACGGCCACUAUGGUCUGGAGGACCUUUCUCAGUCCCACUACGACGUUGUUGGUUUGGAUUGGACCAUUGACCCUCGCUCAGCGCGGGAGCGAACUGGAGGAAAGGUUAGCCUCCAGGGGAACAUGGACCCAUGUGCACUCUAUGCCCCCAAGGAACGUAUAUCGGAGAUAGUGAAGAGGAUGCUGGAAGGGUUUGGCACCAGAGGGUACAUAGCCAACCUGGGCCACGGGCUAUACCCUGACAUGGACCCAGAGAACGUGGGUGCCUUCGUGGAAGCGGUCCACACUCACUCCCGCCACCUCCUCAACCACAAAUAACAUACCCCUGCCAUCUGGCAGCAUCAACCACAGUCAUCAUGUGCAAGCAGCAAAACCGCGCUCACUGAAACAAAGAAAUGUUGCAUCGCUCGAAUUAUAGACACUGCUGUGUUUUCACAGAUAUUCAAUAGUAAUAUGUUAUUCUGGACGGAUCCACACUCCUUCAGAUUUCCAUGGUUCUUUCUGUUGAGAGUGUUUCUUGUUAUCAUACAAUCUUUGGAAUUGCUAAGUAGUGGAAGACCAUGUAACAUGUCUCUCCUCUGCUUUGUUUCUUCAUCCAAUGGGGAGUGUGUCUUGAGACAACAUGCAGUGAAUGAUAGAUCGGUGGGGUUGUCCUGGAAGGUUGUUGUUUUACCUGUUACAUUGUUGUUCUUUUUUUU